AUGGAGGUUCAGGAGGCGUCUCCCGCGCGGUCGCCGCGCGCUGCGGUCCUCUCCAUCCUGCGGUCCAAGUGCAUAAAGCACUUCGACUUCGUCCACGAGUACCUGGCUCUGCUGGCUUGGAACCGCUGCAUUCUCACCCUCGUCUGCCUCUCCAAGGGGGGGAAAUGCACCGUGCGGACAACAAUCGACACCCUCAUGACCCGCGGGUUCAGCCGGUUGCACCUCGUCUGGGUGUGGAUUUACGUCGUCAUAAUCACCUCUCUCGCGGCCGCGGCGGUGCGAUGGAGCGUCAAGGCGGCCAUCAAUCAGGAGCGGGCGAACGCCGAGCGGCGGUUCGCUCAAGGGACAAAUGCAAACGUCAGCAGUUCGCAAACCUCGCUUCACGACUCCGCCACCGCCGCGGCCACCGCGUACAGAGGCAAGUUCCGACACAACCUGUACAAGAAGAUCGCAGCCGCGUUCACCUACGUGUGCAUGUGGGCGUGGGCGGUCGCGGUGCUGGGCACCCUCCCGAACGACUCGCUCUGGGAGGAUGCGGUGUCAGUCGUGGCCCUCUCCUUGAUCUUCGCGUGGGCAAUGAAGGCGGGGGAGCGCGGCGCCGGACCCUUGCGCGGCCUCCUCAGGCGCGAGCGACCGAGGUACGACGCCCCGGAGGGCACGCAUCCCCCGGGGCCUUACGACGACGCCGGUGAGGACGUCUCCGACGUCGUCCGCCUCGGUGUCGCGCGGUGCUGCGAGUGGAUCCUCGCCAUCGCGUGGGUGGGGACGAUGCGACACGCCGUGGACGUCGCCGUCGCAUCCGCGGCGGGGACGACGACGACGUCGGCGUCGGCGGCGUGGAACUUAUCGGCGGCUUGGAUCACCGCCGCGGUCGCGGUGGGGGGACGCGCCGCGUUUGUCGUGUCCAGGUUUAGCGUCGGCGGCGGCGACGAAGCCUCCGGCGGCGACUCGAGCAAGGCGACGUACGCGGCUCUGCUGCCGGAGGGCGCGACGAGCGACGCGAACCAUAAUAACCCCACUAACCCCAAUAACCCCAAUAACCCCACUAAUAUCACGCGUCUGGGUUCGCACGCCGUGUUCCGGCUCGAGCCCGGGUUGAGGGUGGCGGCUGGCGCGAGGGACAUGUUAUCGGGAGCGUUUGCGUUUACCACGGGCGUCGCUCUCAACGCGGCGGCGCAGUACACGUGGCUGGGUUUGUCGGACAAUUUGUCGAUGGGCGCGACGGGUUCGGCGAUGAUGUACGCGAGCGCGUGGUCGCUCGGGACGAUCGCCGCGGCGUCGUACGGCGCCGUAUGUCGGAUCGAGGGCGAGGAGUUUAACGGCUUGGCCGGCGGGUGCUUCGCGCCCCCCGCGGGUACGCGAGCCAAGGGGCUGGUCACGCGGCUGUGCGACGAGGAGGAAAAGGUGGGCGCGUUCGUCGCCGGGUUCGUGUGGAACACGGCGAUGAUGCUGUGGAUCGGGUUCGAGAACGAGGAGCGGUACAGGUGGACGCUGGCGCUGGCCAUCACCAUGUUCUCGGCGGCGGUGAACCUCUUCGCGGAGCGCGCCGAGGAGGCGGAGGAGGACGCGGGGGACGGAGACGAGGAGUCGUAA